AUGGCCGACACUCCAGCUCAGCCCGUCGUCCACGACGGCAAGACUCCGGUCGUCACAGCCACCCAUGAGAAACCGAAACCGAAAGGCGACGCCGCGCUGGAGCUGCUGGCCGCCAGAGACACGGAGAGUGGGAGUGGGAACGGCGCGCUGGACCCGGAAGCGUCGCGGCGACUCGUCCGCAAGAUCGACCUGUACGUGAUGCCGCUGAUCUGCAUCGUCUAUUUCUGCCAGUACCUCGACAAGAUCGCCAUCAGCUACGCCAGUGUGACGGGGAUCCGCGAAUCAAACCACCUGCACGGCAACCAGUUCAACUGGGUCUCGAGUAUCUUCUUCUUCGGCCAGCUGGCCUUCCAGUUCCCCACCAUGCGGCUGAUCCAGGCGUUCCCGCUGGCGCGCUACGUCGCCGCCAACGUCACCCUCUGGGGCGUGAUCCUGUCGUGCAUGGCGGCGUGCAAGUCCUUCGCGUCGCUGAUGGUCUGCCGCACGCUGCUGGGCUGCGCCGAGGCGGCCGUCAUCCCCGCGUGGGUCGUGUUCACCUCGCAGUGGUACCGCAAGGAGGAGCAGGCGUUCCGCGUCGGGCUGUGGUUCUCGAUGUGCGGCUGGGCGCAGAUGUUCGGCGGAUACAUUGCGUACGGGGUGGCGAUCCACGUGGGCUCGGACCCGACCGCGGCGCUCAAGGGCUGGCAGGUCAUUUUCCUGAUCCUGGGCCUGUUCACCACGCUCGUCGGCGUGGUCUUCUUCUUCAUCCUGCCGGACUCGCCCGUCACCGCGGGCUUCCUGACCGCCGAGGAGAAGGCGCUGCAUGCGGAGCGGCUGCGCAGCAACGAGCAGGGUAUCGGCAGCACGCAGUUCAAGCGCGCGCAGUUCCUCGAGGCGCUGCGCGACCCCAAGACCUGGCUGUACUCGUUCUGGGUCUUCGGGGCCAACAUCCCGAACUCGAUCGCGACCAGUUUCGGCAACAUCCUCGUCACCGGCAUGGGGUACUCGGCGACCAAGAGCUUGCUGCUCGUCACCCCGCUGGGCGCGUACGAGGUCGUCGCGCUGGUCGGUCUGACGUGGCUGGCGAUGCGCACCGAGCAGCGCCUGCUGUGGUGUAUCGCGGGCCACAUCCCGAGCAUCGUGGGCGCGAUCCUGAUGGCGACCACGGACAAGGCGCCUGCGCUGGUGGGAUACUAUCUCACCGGCGGCAUUCCGAUCGGCUGGACGACGAUUCUGGCGCUGACCAGCACCAACGUGGCCGGAUCUACCAAGAAGAUUACCGUCUCGUGCAUCCAGACCAUCGCGUACACCGUGGGCAACAUCAUCUCGCCGCAGACGUUCCAGCAGAAGGACGGGCCGCGCUAUCUGCCGGCCAAGAUCUCGAUUGUCAUUCUGUAUGUGCUGGUGACGCUGGAUCUGUAUCUGAUCCGCUGGCUGUCGAUCCGGGAGAACAAGAAGCGCGACGCCGAGAGAGCUGCGCUGGGCGAUGCAUAUGUGGUGGAGAAGAACCAUGAGUUCCUGGACCAGACCGACUUUGAGAACCGGGAGUUCCGAUAUGCCAUUUGA